UGUAACAGGGAGAAGUAAAAACCCUAAUAAAAGUAUAGCUGAAGACUCCUUGGUGAGUCUUCCGUGGAUUAGUCUCGUUCUCACGAACGAGGAUACCACGUAAAUCUCGUGUGUUGUUUGAGUUCUUUCAUGGUAUCAGAGCUGUGAAUAGAUCAUGGCUUCCGACAAUGAAAAGAUGAAGUCUCCGGAGACGGAGUCGCCAAUGAAGAGUGCCGCUAGUGGCAGCGGAGAUGGUUUUCCUCCGGCUUUUGCUCUUCCUAAUUCUGAUAGUCCCAACCAGUUGUUCGUUGGGGAAGUUCUCACCGAUAGCAACUAUGGAGAAUGGCUCGGUGAUAUCACAUAUUCUUUCAUUGCCAAGAACAAGAUGGGUUUCGUCGAUGGCUCGAUUCCUAAGCCUACCGACGGGAUCCUCCUGGAACAGUGGAAAAGAUGCGAUGCGAUGGUGAAGGGUUGGCUGAAAACAGCCAUGAGCAAGGAAAUACGUGCCAGCGUCCGCUUCGCUCGCACCGCACGGGAAAUAUGGCUGGACGUGGAACAACGAUUUGGUCGGGGAAGCGCGCCUAGGAUGUAUGAGCUGCGUCGCAUGAUCGCGCUACUCCAACAAGAAAAGUCGAGCGUGUCUAGCUUCUACACGAAGCUUCGCGGUUACUGGGACGAAUUUCAGUCCAUUGCGCCUGCUCCAGAGUGCACUUGUAAUGGCUGCGUUUGUGACGUCAAACGCCGGUAUCGUGAGGCCAAAGACAGCGAACAACUGUUUGACUUCCUGAUGGGUCUUGACGAGGCGUUUGCUACUGUUAAAACCCAAGUUUUAGCAAUGAGACCCCCGCCUAGCCUCGCUGAUGCGUAUCAUCUGGUUAACAACGAUGAACAACAACGCAAACUUGCAAGCUCGCGGCGCCCAACUGUUGAGGCAGCUGCGUUUCAUGUUCGGGAAGGGCGCGCUGGCGCGAAAGGGUCUUCUGGACGGGCUGAUGAGUCUUCCAAGCCUCGGUACGUCUGUGACCAUUGUGGCAAGACAGGGCACACUAAAGAUCGCUGCUACGAGUUGAUUGGCUGGCCGGAUCGUACUAGCGAUCGUGCUAGUGAGCGUAAAGGGGAUCGAGAGAAGGACCGCCGUCGAAGAGGGAAUGAGCGUUCCAAAUCUGGUCCGCGGGCAGCCCAGGUUGAAGUCCGUGAGAGCCCUAUUCCUGGCCUGAACGCCAACCAGUUUGAGCAAUUGAAAACUCUUUUUGGGGGCGAAUUGAAGACUGCGCAACCCGACAAGAUGACAGGUAAUUCUCUGCCUUUUUUCGGGGGUACAGAUGAAUGGUUAAUAGACACUAGAUGCAAUGAACACAUAGUGAAUGACUGCAAGUUGGUUAGUGGGUAUCAGACGGAAUCGGAUUUGCAGGUUCGAGUACCCGAUGGCUCAGUUGUUAAUGUUCGGGCAGUUGGCUCAGUUCGGUUAUCUAAUGGCAUGAUGUUGCCGCGAGUGCUUUUAGUCCCGGAAUUUAAAUGCAAUCUUCUCUCUGUUAGUCAGCUUACUCGGGAUUUUUCGUUGGCGUUGAUCUUCUUGAGCGACUUCUGUGUUAUACAGGACUUACGCUCGAAGACGAUUAUUGGGACGGGGACGCAGAGUGAUGGUCUCUACUAUCUCCGGUUAUUUGAUGGAGUGCGACAGGAGAUGGCGUUUGCAGCCCAUAAUACUGUAGAUGCUGAUUUGUGGCACUCUCGUUUGGGACACCCUUCCCCGGAAAAACUCGAUUUAUUGCAUUUAAUUCCUAGCACUCGUAGGAUGAAUAACCAGCUUUGCUCAUCAUGUUUAAGAGCAAAGCAACCUCGGCUAGCUUUCCCUUCCAGUUCGAUACGCAGCUCUAAACCGUUUGACAUUAUUCAUAUUGACAUUUGGGGCGGUUACAAAGUUCCGUCGUUGAGUGGAGCUCAGUAUUUUCUUACAGUGGUUGAUGAUUUCACUCGUGGUGUGUGGAUUUAUUUACUUAAAUUCAAGUCUGAGGCAGCCAAGUAUUUGCAGUUUUUCGUUCGGCAGGUUGCUCGCCAGUUCAAGGCCGCAGUUCAGGUCAUCCAGACAGAUAAUGGGACUGAGUUUCGGUCUCAUGAAUUACUUGACUUCUAUGCUACUGAAGGAAUUCACCUUCAGACUUCCUGUACUGAUACUCCUCAGCAGAAUGGAGUUGUUGAGCGCAAGCAUCGUCACAUUUUGGAUACUGCUCGGGCAUUGCAUUUCCAUGCUAAUUUGCCCAAACGUUUUUGGGGGGAAUGUGUUCUCACUGCCGGUUACUUGAUAAAUCGAUUACCACAUCGGGCUCUUGGUAAUCAAACGCCCUAUGAACGUCUAUUUGGUCGUCGCCCUUCCUAUACUCAUUUGCGCUCUUUUGGUUGCUUGGUUUAUUCCAAAGACACUCGUUCACACUUGGACAAAUUUGGUGAACGCGGUAGGCCAUGUGUAUUUCUUGGUUACCCAGAUUCCCAAAAGGGAUAUCGUUUGCUCGAGUUGGCUUCUCAAAAUCUUCUUGUCUCCCGUGACGUGGUUUUCGACGAGAAGGUUUUCCCUUUUCGUUCCUUAGCUAGCGACAUCCAACCAUGUGUUUACCCCAUGGUCAGUGGUGACCCCCCUGUUUCGGCCUUGGAUGAUGACACCGAUGCAGUUCCCGUCAUCGACUCCCCUGCUGCUGCACCGUCCCCUGACCUGUCCGCCAUGGUGGAUGUCGCUCCUCCCGCCACGGACUGUCCUUCCCCAGCUCCUACUUCGCCAGCUCCCAGGUUGCCUAGUACCCCUCCUUCAGUCCAACCCGCGGAGCCCGCAACGCCUGCCUCUCCUCCUACAGAGGACGCUCCUUCCGCUGCGCCUGCACCUCGUCGUGGCUUGCGUGCUCGCCAGCCUUCUGUUCGUUUGCGAGGUUAUGACACUUAUUUACCCUCCUCUCACACUGUUUCUGCUGCCAAAUAUCCUUUGUCAGCAUAUGUUACAUUUACUCGUUUGUCCGCUAACCAUCGUGUUUUUGUGUCAGCGGUGGACACCCUGGUUGAGCCCCAAUUCUUCCAUGAUGCUGUUCGCCACGCCAAAUGGCGAGAGGCUAUGCAGCGUGAGAUUGAUGCAUUGGAGGCUAAUGGUACAUGGGUUUUGGAAGAAUUGCCUCCCAACAAAAAGGCCAUUGCUUCACGAUGGGUCUACAAAAUCAAGUUUCGUCCUGAUGGUAGCGUGGAGCGGUAUAAGGCGCGCCUCGUGGCAAAGGGAUUUACUCAGGUCGAAGGUGUUGAUUAUCACGACACUUUCGCUCCCGUUGCCAAACUAGUCACAGUCCGCUGUGUUCUCGCUGUUGCUGCUCACCGGAAUUGGCAUCUCCAUCAAUUGGAUGUCAAUAAUGCCUUCCUUCAUGGUGAUUUGCAUGAGGAGGUGUAUAUGCAGUUGCCGCAGGGAUUUGCUCGACCGGGGGACACUCGGGUUUGUCGUCUUCGCAAAUCUCUAUACGGCUUGAAGCAGGCUUCAAGAAACUGGUAUAUGAAGUUCACCAUGUCGCUUCAACAGUUCGGUUUUCAACAGUCCAAGGCUGAUCAUUCUCUAUUCCUUUAUCGACGUGGUGGGGUGUUCGUGUUUGCGUUGAUUUAUGUUGAUGAUCUUAUCCUUGGUGGUGACGACUUGGACACUAUUCAGCGUGUCAAGUCUUUUCUUCAUGAUCAGUUCAGUAUCAAGGACUUGGGAGUCCUAAAGUAUUUUCUGGGGAUUGAGGUAGCUCGUUCACGGAAUGGUUUAGUAUUGUCGCAGAGGAAAUACGCCCUGGACAUCUUAAAGGAUGCUGGAGCUCUUGCUGCGAGGCCAUGUGCAUUCCCCAUCGAGCAAAACCAUCAUCUCACGCGGAUCGAAGGCCCUGCUGCCAAGGAUCCGUCUGGUUUUCGGCGUCUUGUCGGACGUCUGCAGUAUCUGACGGUAACUCGACCCGAUAUUGUUUAUGCUGUUAAUAUUUUAAGUCAAGCUGUUCACUCUCCCCGUCAGGAACAUGAAGAUGCUGCCUAUCGUGUACUUCGCUAUCUCAAAGGUGCCCCAGGCCGUGGCCUCCGCUUUCCCACUCACGGACAGCUUAGUCUGACAGCACACUGUGAUGCUGACUGGGGCGGUUGUCAGCGCACUCGUCGUUCCACCACUGGUUACUUCAUUCAGCUGGGUCAGAGCCCUAUCUCUUGGCGAACCAAGAAACAGUCAGUUGUAGCUCGGUCCUCAGCUGAAGCAGAGUAUCGUGCCAUGGCCAGUACAGUAAGUGAAUUUAUCUGGCUUCGUUGGCUCCUUAGUGAGUUGGAUGUGCCUAGUACUUUGUCUACUCCAUUGUUUUGUGACAAUCAGGCAGCGUUACACAUUGCUGCCAAUCCAGUUUUUCACGAACGAACGAAGCACGUUGAGAUGGACUGUUAUUUCGUUCGUGAACGAGUCAUGUCAGGUGAGAUCGCCCCACAGAAAGUUGCUUCUCAACAACAGGUUGCUGAUAUGUUUACCAAAGGGUUAGGCGCGGAGCAAUUCGCGUUUCUCACCUCCAAGCUGGGCCUUCAUGACAUUCACGCCUCAGCUUGAGGGGGCGUGUUGCGAGGGUACGUACAGGACAGGGGGCGUACGUACUAGACCAACUGUACCUAUAUGUCCAUUUACAUUUAUGUAAGGACCUUUUAGUAGUUUGCAUUCCUUGUUGAGUGUUGAAAAGGAAUUAUGUAAACCUAUAUAUAUGGAAGUGAGCCUAUCGGCUGUCGUGUAACAGGGAGAAGUAAAAACCCUAAUAAAAGUAUAGCUGAAGA